CAUUGAAUUUUGACGUCUGAUUAUUGAUGAUGCUGAUGAUUUUCGAGAUUUUUGUUUUCGUCAAUUCAAUCUUUUGCUUGUUUUGAAUUUUUUACACAAAAUACUGCAAUAAAUGUAAAGGUAUAUAGUUCCAAUAAGAUGACGAUUUACAACUUAUACAUUUUUGAUCGCUAUGGUACCUUACUUUAUUAUGGAGAAUGGAACAGAACAAAACAAGCCGGAAUGUCUCGGGAGGAGGAAGGAAAACUAAUGUACGGAAUGCUGUUCUCCAUAAAAUCAUUUGUCGCCAAAAUAUCACCACUGGAUCCCAAGGAUGGAUUUCUCAACUACAGAACAUCUAAAUAUACUCUUCACUGCUUAGAAACACCCUCAGGAAUUAAAUUUGUGAUGAACACUGACAACCAGGUGCAGGGGGUUCGGGAGUUAUUAAAAAAGAUAUAUGGUGAAAUUUAUGUCAAAUAUGUUAUAGGUAAUCCACUAUGUGGUAUUGGAGAGCCAAUUAGUAGUGAAUUAUUUAAGAAUAAGCUUGACACCUUUAUCAAACAGGCACCUUUAAGUGCUGUCCGAGCAUCUUGAUUUUUGACUCUGUCUAAAUUGUAACAUGUAAAUAGUUUCCAUCAAAUAUUUUCACUUGUAUUUAAAGUAAGGAAUUAUUCAUAUUUUAAACAAAAUACUUUUCUGAUUAAUCAAUAGUACCUUUAGACUUAAGAUAUUAAAAUUAUAUAAAAAUACUGUAAGUCAUAACUCAUAAGUUAUGUAGUAUAUGUACAAGUGUAAAUUAUAAAUUUUAUAACACCCCCCGACAAGUGAAGGCUACAGU